AUUGUAAAAUGAGGUCGAUUGCUUCGUGGGUCGAUAAGGUACAGCAUAAAGAGAGGCAAGAUCAUUGCAUUCACGACAUCUCAUUUCGACCGGACGGCAGCCAAAUUAUUGUCGCGUCUGGAUUACUUGUUUUGGUGUACAACACCAGUGACGGAAUAAUACAGCCUCUAAAAGGCCAUAAGGAUACUGUUUAUUGUGUUGACUUCGCGAAAGACGGAAAAAGAUUUGCAUCAGGCAGUGCUGAUAAAUGUGUAAUCAUUUGGACAAAUAAACUGGAAGGAAUCUUAAAGUAUACACACAAUGAUGCCAUUCAAUGUUUAUCAUAUAAUCCUGUUUCACAUCAACUUGCAAGUUGCACAGCCAAUGAUUUUGGUCUUUGGUCAGCUGAACAGAAAUCUGUUGCCAAGCACAAAGUUUCAUCUCGAAUAACUUGCUGCAGUUGGACCAAUGAUGGGCAAUAUCUUGCACUUGGUCUGUUCAAUGGAGUUGUGAGCAUUCGUAGUAAGGCUGGAGAGGAAAAAGUUAGAAUUGACAGACCAUCCAAUCAACCUGUGUGGACAAUCUCAUGGAACCCAUCAAAGGACGAACCUUACGAUGUAUUGGCAGUGGGUGACUGGAACCAAAAGUUAUCAUUCUAUCAACUGAGUGGCAAGCAGAUUGGUAAAGAUCGACACCUUGGCUUUGAUCCAUGUAGCCUAAAUUUCUUUUCCCACGGGGAGUAUUUAGUGAUUGGAGGGUCGAACAAAGAGUGUUUGCUAUAUACCAAAGAAGGUGUGAAGUUGGGAGCAAUUGGAGAACACGAUAGUUGGCUGUGGUCAUGCAAACCCACACCGGGACAAAAUUAUGUAGUAACUGGCUGUCAAGACGGGACUGUCUCAUAUCAUCAACUCGUGUUUAGUACUGUUCAUAGCCUCUACCAGGAUAGGUACGCCUAUCGUGACAGCAUGACGGAUGUGAUCGUUCAACAUUUGACCACUGAAAGCAAAGUAAGGAUUAAAUGUCGUGAUCUUGUAAAGAAAAUUGCAGUUUAUCGUGGACGUUUAGCUAUGCAACUCCCUGAAAGAAUAAUUGUAUACGAACUGUCUGGUGAUGAUCCAACGGACAUGCGUUAUCGCGUCAAGGAGAAAAUCGAAAAGAAAUAUGAUUGUAGUUUGCUCGUGGUUUGUGCAAAUAACGUGGUAUUAUGUCAGGGUAAAAAACUUCAAUGUCUUAGUUUUCGUGGAGAGAAAGAAAGAGAAUGGAACAUGGAAUCGUUAAUCAGAUAUAUUAGAGUAAUAGGAGGCCCUCCUGGUCGAGAGGGUUUACUCGUUGGAUUGAAGAAUGGACAGAUCUUGAAAAUUUUCAUGGACAACCCUUUUCCUGUGAUGUUAUUGAAACACGAAACCGGCAUUCGCUGUUUAGAUUUAAGUUGCAGUCGUACUAAGAUAGCUGUCGUUGGCGAAAAUAACACUUGCCUCGUGUUUAAUCUGAAGAAUAAAGAGUUGCUCUUCCAGGAGCCUGGUGCCAAUAGUGUUGUUUGGAACACCCAAAACGAGGAUAUGCUGUGUUUUUCUGGAAAUGGAUUCUUAAACAUAAAGUCCAGCAACUUUCCUGUACAUCGACAAAAAUUACGGGGUUUUGUAGUUGGUUUUACUGGAUCCAAAAUCUUUUGCCUUAAUAUGUAUGAAAUGAAGACGGUCGAUGUUCCUCAGUCAGCUUCUAUGUAUCAAUACUUGGAAACGAAGAUGUUCAAAGAGGCAUACAAGGUUGCGUGUCUUGGAGUUACUGAUGGGGAUUGGAGAUCACUUGCAAUGAGUGCUAUGGAGGGAUUAAAUUUUGACAUAGCCAAGAAGGCGUUUAUAAGAGUUCGUGAUUUAAGAUACUUGGAGUUGCUUCAAAACAUCGAGGAAAGAAAGAGGCGCGGCGAAUCGGAUGGCCUAGCUUUCUUAGCAGAUAUAUAUGCUUAUCAAGGAAAAUUUCAAGAAGCUGCCAAGCUAUAUAAGAAGACAGGAAAGGAGGAAAAGGCUUUGUCAAUGUUCUCCGAUCUUCGUCAGUUUGAAUAUGCUAAAGAAUUUAUUGGUUCUGGUGAUGCUAAAAACGUGAAACAAUUAAUCAAACAACAGGCAGAAUGGGCUAAAUCUAGUAACGAUCCCAGAGCGGCUGCUGAUAUGUAUUUGACUGCUGGUGAACAUAUGAAAGCUAUUGAUUUGAUAGGAGAAAACGGUUGGGCUGACAAGUUGCUGGAAGUGGGAAGAAAUCUUAAUAAGGCCGAAGUUGAAGCUUUAAAGAAAUGCGCUCAAUAUUUCGUCAAACUGGAUCAGCACGAUUAUGCAAGUGAAAUGUUUAUAAAAAUUGGUGAUGUAAAAUCUUUAAUGAAGUUACACGUGGACACUCGGCAUUGGGAUGAGGCUUUUCAUCUUUUGAAAAAGGAACCUGACUUGAAGGACGAUGUCUACAUACCGUACGCUAACUGGCUUGCCGAAAACGAUAGGUUCGACGAAGCCCAAGAAGCAUUUCAUAAUUCAGGUCAACAACAUAAAGCCAUUAAGGUUUUGGAAGAGCUGACACAUAACGCUGUCAGCGAGAAGAGGUUCAACGACGCUGGUUAUUAUUACUGGAAAUUAUCAAUGCAAUGCUUACAUGUUGCUGUCGAUAAAGACGGUGAAACGAGUCCUGCAAUGUUGACGAAAUUUUACGAAUAUCAAACGAAAGCGGAAAUUUAUCAUCUCUACCAUUCCAUACAAAGAUACACGGACGAACCAUUCACGGACCAUUUACCAGAAGCGUUAUUCAACAUUGCUCGUUAUCUGCUUCAUCUAAUUUUAAAAGAAACUCCAUCAGGGAUCUCUAGAGUUGCAACCCUGUUUACUCUUGCUAAGCAGGGAAGACAUCUCGGUGCUUACAAAAUGGCUCGUUAUGCUUACGAUAAAUUACAGUCUUUGAGGAUUCCGGCCAAGUUUCAAGAAUAUAUAGAUAUUGGAUGUAUCACUAUCCGAGCCAAGCCUUUCCUCGAUAAUGAAGAAAUUCUUCCAAUGUGUUAUCGUUGUUCCACUACAAAUCCAUUACUGAACAAUAAAGGCAAUCAUUGCAUCAACUGUCGACAGCCCUUUGUCUAUUCUUUUUCCUCGUUUGAUGUUUUACCGUUGGUGGAAUUUGUUCUUGAGGAUGGUAUAAGUGACGAAGAGGCUGCAAAAUUAAUCGAUGCUGACGUUGGCAUGAAACGCAAGAAAAAAUGGGACGAGACUAGCACGGGCAAUAUUCAGUCCCUUCAGCUUUUAGAUGAGUCAAGUAACAUGGAUGAUGACGAUCCCUUUACGGAGAAAUUGAUGAGUUUUGAACAAGGGGGCACCGAAUUUAUCCCCGUCACAGUUGGCCGUGCAGUCCUUCAAUCUAUGAAUCGUCUUGAAGUAUUUGUUAAGAAAUGGCCUAAACCAUUGAAAUGCAAUUACUAUAAAUCGAUCAUGCCAGAAGUUGCCAUAACAUUAUGCGAUUCUUGCAAUAGAAUGUUUCACUCGGAAGAUUAUGAUCUUUUGGUUUUGCAGAAAGGACACUGUCCAUUUUGUAGAAAAAGGGCUGAUAAUAUUUAAGUGUCUUCGGAAGAGAGGAAGCUGAAUAUGUCCUACAAAACUCAUGUAAAUAAUGUACAAUGCCACUUAGGAAAUAUAGCUGCACCUAGAAGUUUGUCUCUUUUUUGAUGAGUAUGUUUAAUUCCGUUUGCAAGUUUGGAACAUGGUGCUAGGUUUAGUGUUUGUGUUUAUCGAACUGCAUUAUCAUUGAACGAUAAACAUAGUAAAGCAGAUUUAGCAACGCCAAAUUUUAUCUAUUGUAUUUCUGUUUGUUUGUCCAGCAAAAAUCUUUAAAGACGCAACUAUUUACAUGCUAUUUAUUAGUUAUUGUUACUGAAACAUGCUUGAGUUCAACUCAAA